GAUUUAGGAUUUACCUGGCUAAAGAAAAUUGCAGUAGCCAUCAAAUAAACUCAAGAAAAAAACCUAAAAAACGCCAGCUAGUUGGUGGUAUGUCUGGAUGGCAAAUUGGCAUUUUGCUGCGGUUGAUUGUGAUUUAAGAGAGCAAAGAGGAAUUAACAGUUAACUGAGUGUUGUUUUGGGCAAAAUUUCUUGAAGCCUUUGGGACAUAUUUUGUUCCAAACAAGUUACCUGUGUUCUUGUGUUGUUAAUUUUCUUUAUACCUACAUAGAGAAUGUGGUCAAAAGAAACGCUUGUGCAUUGUUUCUUCCGGUCGUCGUCGUGAUGGUGGCAGUACAGUAGUGAAUUAUUGGGAAAAAAUCAAUCGCCCCCGAAUCGAGCCUUUUCUUUCGACGACGAAGUUGUUAAUAAUUAUUAGAAUCUCUUUUGGGUCGAAAAAAAAUCGGCCAGAGAAAGCAUUCGAAGGUGCAGGGCAAGUGGUAAUGGAAUGAUUAGAAAAUUGGUUAAUGUGAAAAUAGAUCAUCCGGUUUAGUUGGAUACGGAGAAUAGAUAAAUUUAAACUCGUAAUCUGCAGCAGGUGUGUAUUAUGUGUGCAAGUGACGACAAUAGAUGUGUUUAUGGGUAAGAUUGUGAAAGAAAAUCGAAAGUGACGACCCCGUUGUUGGCUUGAACUUGAUAACGAUAGGAGCUAGUGACCACCUUAUCAAUACCGAGUGAGAAAGAGUGUGUGUGUGGGUGCGAAGGAGCGCAAGAAGAAAACAUCACGUGAAGUUCAGUGUCCUUAGCCAGCCGACGAAAUUCUGCUUGUGUUAAGAAUCAAAUUAGACAACAGCCAGUAGAGCACCAGCAGGUAUACGAUUGCAAAUGGACGCAUCCGUAAGGCUCACCUGACGGUAUAUUAAUAAGCUGCUGUGGGCAAGCGGAGGUACAAACAACAGCGCAAAAGAAGAGCACACAGCACACUCGUUCUUGGAACUUACGCAUACAACCGCACACGCGGAUGUUAGAGGCUUUUCACUUACUUCCACCGUCGGAUUGUGGUGGCUCAUCAAGAAAGACAGAAUCGGACCCAAGAAACGGUUGACAAGCAAAACCUGAUCACGUCCGGAUCACAAAACCGGUGUAUUUUCAAUUCGCAGUAGCAGCCAGUCAGCCAGCACAAGCAGCAGAUCACCACUCCGACGACGUGUCUCGCGCAGUCAAUCGGUGAUUCUCGUCGGGAAUAGAGGCAGCAAAACAGAAGUUUUGCGGUGCAGUGAGUGAGUGAGUGUUGCGUUAGAGGCCUUCGUCGUAACGUACGUACCGCUAGCCAGUUUUUUCGUUCAUUUCCUGUGAAACUUCGAAAUCGAGUGCGCGCGGGGUCUGUGCCUCACUUCGUCGCCACACACAAAUGGGUAAAACCUACCGUCCCACUUGGAAAAGGUGACAGCGCGCGAUCGAGCCGCUCAUCCGAACGACGACGUGUUGAUUCGCCGGCGUAGUUUUGGGAGGCGCCCGUUGCCUCUGGCUAUGGUGGAAACAAUGUAAACAGAACAACCAGUGCAGUGGUGAACGAAUAAUUUUUGCUUUUUCUUUUCCGUUGCUUGAUCGCUGCGAAACACGAAGCAAAAUGAAUGCAUAAAUUGGCCGUAAUGGCACUAGCCGCGAAGAAGUGCGAUACAACUUGAAAUUUAAAUUUUCGCGACUCCCUGGGUGAAUCCGUUUGUGUCUUCUUUUCGCCUGACGGAAACCCAACACGCGAUAAAAGCCGGUGUGGAAAAAGGAAAAAAUUAGCGGAAAAUGUUACUCUACUUUUAGGCCGGCCGCUGUAUAUGGAUGUGCAUUAUUGUGCCGACCGUUGGAAGUUUUGUGCGAGCGAGAUUGUGCUUGCCGAGUAAGAGUAAGAUAGUGAGAAGAAUGCGCUCUGGCAGUGAGAGCGGAGGUGACCGAGAGCUUUAAAACGAAGAGAAAACUGACCGUGUGAGAGAAGUUACUGCUUCGGGCGGUCUGUGGUGAAUAUCAAGGCACGCAAACUGAGCGUGGUGAAUAAGCGUACAAGCUAAGCCACCGACGACUACGAUGAAUCCGUACGCCGAGCAUAACGUCAUCCGAGCGCCAUCUCUGAAGCGAGGAAAGAACGACGAAGGACUUAACAAUCGGAUAAAGUUAAAAAAGAUCCUUGGACUAACAGUGUGCAGCAACGCAGGCUUAGAUGUCUCUUCGACGACUGGUGUCUUGGCCUAUCCAGCAGGAUGCACUGUAGUCCUGUUCAACUCGAAGAAGUUGACACAAACAUUUUUGCUAAACACAGCGAAGAAAGCCAUCACAGCCGUUGCAUACUCGCAGUGCGGUCGCUAUCUGGCCACGGGUGAAUGUGGUCACAAUCCUUCCAUCAAGGUAUGGGAGCUGGAUGUGAAUGGAAAUGCCAACUACGAGAACGGAGCGGCCGGCAAUAUCGUGGCGGAAUUCUCCGGCCACAAGUACGCGGUCAGCUGCGUGGCAUUUUCGCCCACCGGAAAGUAUCUUGUUUCGGUGGGCUCACAGCACGAUAAUGUGGUUAACGUGUUUGAUUGGAAAGCCAAUCUGAAGAUAGCGUCGAACAAAGUCAGCGCGAAGGUCGUCGCUGUGAGCUUCAGUGAAGAUGCCAAUUAUUUUGUAACGGUAGGAAAUAGGCACGUCAAGUACUGGUACUUGGAAGGUAGCAGAAAGUACAAGGAACCGAUUCCAUUGAUGGGACGGAGUGCUAUUCUGGGAGAGCUGCGGAACAAUGACUUUUGUGCGGUUGCCUGCGGCAAGGGUGAAAUGGCGGACAGUACGUACGCGAUAACACGAAACGGACAUCUUGUGGAGUUCAACGCACGACGACUGCUGGAUAAGUGGGUAAUGUGUAGGACGAAUGCGGCCAACUGUAUGGUCACCAGUACAAAAUAUAUCUUAGUAGGAUGCGCGGAAGCCAUCAUUAGGGUAUUCAACGCGGAAACCUUAGAGUAUAUAACGACACUUCCGCGGACGCACUUUCUGGGCGUGGACGUAGCCCAGGGCAUCCACAUCAACCACAUGAUGACGACGCCACAAAAUGCCAAAUACCCGGACACGAUUGCGAUCGUGUACGAUGAAAACCGGUCGAAGGUGACGUCCGUGUAUAACGAUCACAGUCUGUACAUCUGGGAUCUGCGUGACAUCCGGCGGGUGGGUAAGAGCCACUCGUUCCUUUACCAUUCGGCGUGCAUCUGGGGUGUUGAAACCGUGCCAUUUAGCUAUCUAAAGCACAACGUGUCGGAUACGCUGCCAUCGGAUAGUUUUCUGACUUGCUCGUCGGACGACACGAUUCGGGUGUGGGACAUCGAUAACGGCGAGAGCAACGAUGUAUACCGGAAGAACAUCUACAGUAAAGAGCUUAUGAAGGUGAUUUACAUCGACGAGGAGUUGAACUUCAUUAAAGAUGUAGACAAUCCGAUUCACAAUACGGAGAAAAAUUCCAGCUACGAUGGAAGAAACGGAGUACGAUGUAUCAAAAUCAAUCCGGCCAACAGCCAGCUAGCUACGGGCGAUAGAAGCGGCAACAUUCGAAUCUAUAAUCUCAGUAAUCUUAAGUUGAUCACCACAAUCGAAGCGCAUGAUUCGGAGGUGUUGUGUCUGGAGUACACGAAUGAGAAAAUCGAACGGAAGCUGCUAGCCAGCGCAAGCAGAGAUAGGUUGAUUCACAUUUUCGAUUGCGAAGCGGGUUACAGGAUCUUACAAACGUUGGAUGACCAUUCGAGCAGUAUUACUUCGGUUCGGUUCAUUGGCGUAGGCAAGCAGUUCCAGAUGGUGUCCUGUGGUGCCGACAAAUCCAUCAUCUUCCGCAACUUCCAGAACAAUGUCUUUCUACGGGGUAACAAUUGUUCCGGUAAAAAUACGCUUUACGACAUGGAAGUAGAUAGUAAUUAUAAGCACAUUUUGACCGCAUGUCAGGACCGAAAUAUUCGGGUGUAUAGCACGCAAAAUGCGAAGCAUACAAAGACCUUCAAAGGUUCUCAUUCCGACGAAGGUAGUCUGAUCAAGGUUAGUCUUGAUUUGAGCGGCAUCUACAUUGCUACUUCCUGCACUGACAAAACCCUCAGCGUUUACGAUUACUACUCGAAUGAGUGUAUGGCACGAAUGUACGGUCAUAGUGAGUUGGUAACCGGACUGAAGUUCACCAACGAUUGCAAACACCUCAUCUCUGCCAGUGGUGACGGAUGUGUCUUUAUCUGGCAAGUGCCACAUGACAUGAUCGUAACGAUGCAAGCUCGACUUUCGCAGCAAGCUCUGCGGUCUGGUCAUCAGCCAAUCCCACGGCCUCUCUCCAAUCCUUUCACAGACGCUAUUCUGGAGCAUCAUCAGCCAAAUAACGAACAAUACGGAUCACCACCGAACAAUCUGUUCAUCGAAGAUGCUCCCGUUACACCAGGUUAUCGAUUCUCCGAUGUAGGCCAACUUCCCCAGUGGGCUAAACGGAAGCCUACCGAAGAUCAGUCCAAUUCUCCCGUUCUGGGCAGCAGUCCAAGUCAACAGCAAAAUUUCGGAGGACCACCGAAACCUCGUGGUCGAUGGGGACAAAAAGGUCAAUUCGACGAAGCUUUAGAUCUGCGAAACAUCGUUGAGAGUCCCAUGAACGUAACUUUCAACUAUGACAAGGCAGGAAUGCAUCACGCCAAUAACAAUAACACGCCGACGUCGGGUUACAAUAGUGGUAGCUCAAAAGACGUCUAUAGCAAUGCCUAUCUGAGUGAGGACAGUUCAAUUGACAGUGGUCGAGAAAACCGGAGGGAUAUUACUCUUUUGCACAAGAAGAUAUCCGAAACCAAGGCACUGAAUUCGCUGAAUUCUGAGUCUAACACGGAGCAUGACGGCGAUGUUGAGGACAUUUCCGAUGGUGAACGAACCAGUUCCGAGCACGGAAUGGUAUACUACCCGACAGCGGCGCCUUCAACGCCAACAGAUUUCAAAAUCAACGAAAUCGACGUCAACGAAUUGCGCAAAUCAAUCCGACGGCAAAAGAUGGAGAAGCAAGGUCUCAGUAUUGCUACGCAGCUGCAGCUGCAAAGUGCAGCUUCAACGGGAACUGGUACCGGCACGUCGGACGACGAGGAUGAAGGUUCUACACCGAGCGGUGACAAUGCCGAUCGUUCUCUAGCGUCAACGCUUGGUGGUAGCUCGGAAAGUAUACCCCAGCAAACGUCUUCCACUUUCCUGCAGGCGGCACUGGAUGGACCGGCUAGUCUUUCCGAUAAGGAACGUGUUCAAAGCCGUAAAAGCAUCAGCGCGAUGCACAAUAAUGAUGCCAAAAUUACCACCAGUAUCUCCAAAUCGUACGCCAACAAUAAAAAGGAGGAGCUAAUGAAGGUCAUUAACGAGGCCAAAGCAAAGCUGGAGAAUGGGAUUCUAAUUCAUAGUAAGCGUGGCGUAAAAUAUUCACUAAAUGUAGUUCAUUCUAAGGUUGGUUACCGAUCUGGUCUCCGCGCUAGUCAGAGUAUUUCCGAUCUAAGUCAUACGAUGGGCGGUGGCAGUCCCGGAGGAGUCGGCCGGCUGCAAAGGAUAGGUGACUCAUCUUAUUCCUACCGUAACUAUCCUCCACCUUCUUCUGUGUCGGCAAAUCAUAACUAUCUAAACUGUGCUGCCCCUCGAUCUCGUCUAGUUCAGAAUUGUGCCAUGAUCAACCAAUUUCAGCAAGAGUUACCACCAUAUCCUAAAAACUUGGGCAUCUAUUCGAAGCAGGACGAGGACGACAGCGAAGAGGAAACGAUGAUCCGACCGGACAAACUUGAGCUUCCAGAACUUCCACCGGUUCCAGCGGAUAAACUCCGUAAGCAUCCCGGAAUCCUCAAAAACUAUAAAUCCUGUCCGGUGUCACCGGUUCACGAGGAACAGGAAUGGAGUAUGCUGUCCAACCAGGAUGGCGAAUCCGGACCCUCGGAACGCCAAACUCGACAUUCGUCAAUGUACUAUGAAGAUGCCAAAACAAUCCUAGACAUGAUUCACUCGGACACGGAAAAGAUGAUUCAGGAAAUUACCAGCAAGUACGGUGAUUUGGAUGAUUAUCAACCGAAGGCAUCUACGCAUGAAACGAAGCUGCCUAUUGUUACUCCUAGCCGUAGUGAAUCCAAAUGCUUGGAAGUAGUGAUUGGCAAAUCUCCCAAAGAGGCCAAAAGCACAGCUCGGAAAGAAAGAAACGAACACGGAUUUCUCUCCGAGGAUGAUCCUAAUUUUAGCUCCGAUUCCCUCGAGGAUUGUAGCUUAGACUUAGAUAUAGACAAGACUGAUCAAGGUAGAACUAAACGUAACACUUGUGCCAAACACCAAAAAUUGUUGCAUCGACCGAUCGAUUCACUGCCCAAACGUUCCGUCUCGGAGUACUUCAUCUACGAUGACUUCCAACCGAUGCCGUACCGAAAUGUUUCCCUUUCCGAUAUACUAGACGAAGACAAACGGAGUCCUGAUAGUCGAUUUUUGGAAACCCAGCGUCACUCCAGUGCCAGCUUCUUUCUUGGACAACAGUACCCGGAUCGGAAAAGUCAGGAAAGUAUUUUGUCGGAUGAUUUUGGAAGUGGCGGUGUCAGUUAUUGUAACAGUAUGGAAAGUAUUCUGUCGGACGAUUCCGAGUGUAAAAGUGCUCCGCUGGAAGUGCUUUUCGAACGGAUCAAGCGGGACCGGAGUUAUUGUGCCAAUCAGGAUGCUUACAAAAUCGAUACCGGUGGAAAUUCGAAGUCGUACGGUUCAAGUCCUAACGCUGGGAGUUGUUUUGACUACUACAUGCAAAAUCAGUAUUUUAAUCGAGAUAUUCCUGACAGUUACGGGUAUGAGAUUUUGGAGCCUAGCAGCAGAAUUUGCGACGCACGAUCGCCACAACAUAGACGACUGGGUGUCCCCGGGAUGCCGACCUCCGUCAGUUACCCACGGUUCAUGUCCAGUUCUGCUAUGGCGGCCACGGCUGAAGAAUUCGGCGAGGAAGAUUUUAUUCCAUCCUUAACCUCGAAAGCUGCCCAAUACGGUGGGGGAAUGGUAAAAAGCUUAAGUAAAGAUUUUGCGAAUCAAAGAAAACAAAUGAACUCGAAUCCGAUGUACAACUGUGAAGGAAACGAGCUGUUCGUUCGGAAAACAGUUAACGCUACGAAUCAAAUCACCCGGUCGGACAUUUUCGGAAACGAAUCGUCGGUUUAUGUAAUGAAGAAGUCGUGCAGCUUCGAAAUCGAAAUGGGUGGACGAAGAAUCGGUCGAAAUUCGAAAAAGUUCGAGCAGAAUCUGCAGCGUUUCGAGCAGGAACGUCAGCUGCAAUCGGAACGAUACCGGUUGGGUGGAACACUGGAAAUGGAUUAUGUACCGCACAAACCUCCGGUAGCACACCGGCGAUCGGCAAGCAUGAAGGGUCGUGGUCGAGUGCGAUCCAAGGAGAAAUUUAAUACCAUUAUUGGGGGACAGCUGUCCAGCUCGGCACACGAGGAUAAUAGGCUGCGUGACUUCGUUAACAAGGAUUAUAUGCUGAGGGAUCCGUUGUGCGUCGCUAGUUGUUCCAAGAUUAACACUGUGGAAACGGGAGAUGAAAAGAGUUUUGAAAUUUACGUUGCGGAGAAAGGAGUUAGCGAGAAUGAUAAUCUGGACAGUUUGGAGUUGCUGUCGAAGCCGGAUUUGAGGAAGCAAAAUUCCUUGGACUCAUUAGACGAUGAUCGCCAGCAGUUGCCAGAUUGUAAAGGCUCUCCUGUUAAAGCUGUAACCGAAAUGGAUAAGUUGAUUGAUCUUAAUUUACUUUCGUCGGUGGAAUAUAAUAAAUUUUUGGAUAUCGAAAAGAAAAUCGAUAUAAUAAAUAAACUGGUCGAAAUGGAAGAGCGCAAGCUGGAGCAAGAGCGAAUGGCAAAGGAAAACCGCAUGAAACCGUUCGAGUGUGAUUCGCGCCAGAAGGGAUACGUGAAGAGUUUGACGGAAAAUUUCGACAAACUAGCGAAGGACGCCCAAGAGGAGCUGGAAAACGAAAAGAACUGGCACUUUGCGCACACCGCGAAAAUGAAGCGCAAUUUCAGCCUGCCGGAUGUGCUGGAAGGUGCCAAAUUUCAGUCGAUAGAUUUCCAAGAUUCGGAAAAUCUCUUCAAGCAAAAGGACGAGGAUGAACUGUCGGAGAAGGAUGAGCACUCGCUGGGCUACACGGAGGGUGAAGGCGGUAAUCCCCGAAGCUUAAUCUCUGCGCAAGAUAGUGAUGAGUCAUCGAUUAGACGUGCUUGCUCGCUUAGCGAUUUGAGUAUGGGAAAAGCCUCUAACUAUAAGCCAGUACCUAGCAGCCGCAGCAACGUCCAGCAGCGAAACGUUCCCAAGCGAAGCACGUCUUCGGUCGGCAAAGGUGGCGCCUCUCUAUCGGCCGGCAUGGGAGUAAGAAGCGUUUCGGUGGGCAUGUUGAAUCAAGCGAGUGAUUCUGAACCCGAACCUUCGGCAGUGACCCGGGGAGGGCUGAUGAAGCCCACCAUCAGUUCGCAGAACAAAGUCAACGGAACAGGCAACACCGGAAAGUACAUUAAUCCCCGCAGCGCUGCCGGUAUCAUUAACCGACGCAAAGGUUUGCAAAAUGCUUACAGCAGUGUGAAUAUUGCAUCCGCUACCCAGGACGAAUCCAGUUCGGAGGAAUCACCAACCAGCACCGUUAGUACCGUACCAGCCAAGCCGGCCGUUCCGCCCCGUCCACGCAGUAUCGCUUUGGAACACAAACGAAUAGCGAACGUGAAUGCCAGUUUGAAUGCGAAGAAAGCACCGAACAGCAACAUGGAGAUGGAAAGCAUGAUCAAGGACGGCGACUUGGACAACGCCGACUUGACCAAUCAACUCUGCUCCAACAUUAUAAAUCAACUGGUACAAACGACGACAUCGGUAAUUCAGCUGCACCAGCGGCUCAAGUCGAAUGAUGAAUCCGGCGGCGGCAGUGGCAGAAACAAUUCGCUCAUGAUCAAAGAACUGGAGAAUGCCGUCAUAAUGACGCAAAAUAUGCUAACGAAGGUGACAAACAGAAGCAACAUCGGCGACAGCAUCAACCUGAACAACAGCACCAGCAUGUACGAGAAAUGCAACGACAUCCUCAAUCAGGUCCAGAAGCACGUAAACAACAGCGGCUGAUGACAGCAGCAACAUCAACAUCAGCGUUCGCAGCAGGCGGCGGGUUAUCAAUGGCCCCUGCUGACUAUUGUAUAGAGUGAAGUUUUGUUUGUUUAUUCAUCGAGAAAGUGUAGGUUUUAGAAGAAUUUUUCGUGUGAUACGAUUGAUUGUGAAUGUGCGUAACAUCGGUGUAUCGAAAGGAACAGGAAAGUUUACCAGUUUACUGUAUACCCCCGCCAGGAACAGGACACACCUAACAAACUAUGUAACCAGAUCAGCUUUAACGCCCAGCGCGAAACGAAUGUUUUUGAUGGAAUUGUUAAAACCCGAAAAAGGAAAAGCGCGUGAAUGUGAUUAGUUUUUGUCACUAUCGUUGGUAUUAUCGUUGCCAAUAGGCAAUAAGGUAAGGUAGAAUAAACAGUCGAACUAAACAUAUGAAAUGUGCUUAAUUCAAUUACGUAACAGAAAAACAACAGUUGAAAACAGAAUCAUAUUUCGUCCAAUUUAGUUGGUAGUUAAUUUUAUACGGUUUUUAAUGAUAGUAAAAAGAUCAUGAAAUGUUUAUGUUCUUCACUCUCCCAUGCGGAGUGAAAGGUUUUGAGAAAGGAAAACGCCAUAUCUAGAUUUGUUAGUUGAGAAUGUAUUUUUUCGUUAAACACCAGUUCUAGGAGUCAUUGAUAGGUUAAUCAUUUUAGCGUUUUGGACCUUUCAUAACGUUCUGAAGAAAGGAAAAUAUUUUUACUGUUAGAUAAACUCUUGGUUGUACCGAAGAGGGAUCCACGUUUACAUUCUACAUAAAGUCAAGUGUUUCGUUUCUAAAUUCUAGUUUAUCAAUUUUCGGACGUUUGCCAUUCUUCGUAGUUAUGUUAAACUGAUUUUCCUUUAGUCAAAGGCUUUAAUAGAAAGCUUGAUUCCACCAACUAAGCGAUAUCUGGCACCUGUAAUGCCAGAAAUCGGCCGUUUUGUUAAAUUGUCCUUUUACUAGUUGCAAGGCAUAGCUGUAUAGAGUAGGUUCUAAUGUUCCAUCAAACUCGUUUAACAAAUUCUAGUACUUUAAAUAGUAACGCAUUGAAUAAUCACUUAAUACCUAUUAAAUCAUAUUGAUUUAUCCUACUAAAUGUAAGCAAAGUUUUAAGACAAACCAUUUAAGUCCUGUAGCACUUUCUCUCUUUUAUACCUUUCGUUCAGAAUGGAGUUCUGUGUCUGACAGUGUCGAAAUAAUAUCAUUCAAUAUAAAAUGAAAAUGUGACAGAGAACAAAAAUCAAAUAUAUGCCAACAGUUGUUGAGGAACUUUUUCAAUUGCAAGCGAUAGGCAACAAAACGAAACAAACCACAAACAAACACACACAACACACACAAAGGAAACCUCAAAUCAGCAACAAGUCGAUAAAAGUAGAAAUAAAACGACAACCGUGCAGCUGAAGCAAAAGAUCAGCGAUUUCACUAGUAGAAAAAGAGAAACUUUGCUUUCAUCUCAACCUCAGGCUCAUCCUAACAUUGUGCUGUAUACUCAACUAAACUAAAUAAAAGGCAAAUAAAACUUACACCUCUUGUAACUAACACAGAAAAUAUGAAAUCAAUUAACAAUGAUUAGGCUAUUAUUAACGUACAGUUCAUCUAGCUUUGUACCACUAAGUCUAAUUUAAUCUAAUAAUUCUGACUAUAAUGCUCGAGUUCAAAUAUGAGUUGAAAGGAUUGAGGACUUGAAGAUCAGUAACGUAAAGGAAUUUGUUUCGGCAGUUAGUUGUUAACAUGGAUGAGCAGGUACAUUUGCGCAAACCAGAAGGUUCGCCAAAUUGAUGUCAACCGUAAGAUUUGAAGCGAUGGAAAUACUUACCCGGAAGUAAACUACUGUGUAUUUAAGUGUAGAUUUAUUCCUCUGAUAAUUGUGUCCAAGGCAAACAGAAAAAAAAAACAAAAUACAGCAUCAACUAACACUAACUGAGAGGAAAGAAGAAAAUAUAUUUAAA